AUGGCAGGUUCACCAGCAUGCCUCCUCUUCAUCUGUCUCCUCUGCCAGCUCACAGAGUGCCUGUCAAAGCCUAAAGUCACCAUGGGUCUGCAGAACAAUAAGAAUGGCACCUGCAUAACUAAUCUGACAUGUUCCAUGGAACAGGAAGGAGAGAAUGUGACAUACAGCUGGAAUAUCCUGGGGCAGAGAAGCAACAAGUCUUAUGAUGGCUCCAUCCUUCCCAUAUCCUGGAGACUGGGAGAAAGGGAUGUGGUCUUCAUCUGCACGGCCAGGAACCCCAUCAGCAGUAAUUCCUCAAGUCCCAUCCUUGCCUGGAAGCUCUGUAGAGAGCCCAUGGAGGGUGAAAAAAGAAUGGACGUUCAUCAGGAAAUUCCUCAUAUCUGCCCCCAUUCUGGAGAGAAAACAGUGUAUGAAACAAUUUGCGAUGCCCAUAAAAUUAAUCCAGCAGAAGAUCCACUAAAUACACUUUAUUCCACUGUGCAGAUACCAAAAAUGGUGGAGAAUCCCUGCUCACYGACCAUCACGCCAGACACACCCAGGCUGUUUACCUAUGAGGAUGUCAUUUAG